AUGAUAAUUAUGACGUUUACGAGAAUACAGUCGCGAUCGAUAUUUUCUUCCACCACAACGACUAGGGCUAUCGGUAGAUAUUGCAGUCCAGCACGUAGUUGGUCGGCAUGUCAUUCCUCUGCGGCCUCUCCUACAUUUUAUUUUAGUAUUCAUCGUCCUCUGGCGGUUUCCGUAUUAGCACCGGAGUGGCUCUGCUUGCUAGGACAUAGCCGGGGAGAGAUUAAGUUAGUACUGAGGGGGCAGCUUUUGAUGUUUGAUUGUUCUUUUGCGUGGGUGCAAGACGCUGUUUCGUGUCGCACACCAUCACGAACAGGCUAUAAUUUAUGGCAUUGUUCUAGAACGUAUGUAACAUCCCAACCCGUAUCAGUGGAAAAUUAUGUUCUAUGAGCACGCAGCCGAAGCUGCAGCAGAGACUCGCUGGUCCUACAGUCGCUUUUUAUUUCCGAUGACAUAUCUUCACUUUUCCAGAGAAUAGUUGGAUUAUUUCAGGACUUCUACCAUAAAAAUAGACGACCGGAAAGACUUUUUUCCACAUAAUGAAUUUUUUGUCUCUUCAAAACUAACUGAAAGCCUCUCACUCUCUCUGUAUCUUCUAAACCGACACCGAUGUUGUUCGGUUUUUAUUGCUAUUAACACCGAGACCAACCCCUUGGGUUUAAAGAAAAAAUGCUACUUUCGUCGACGUAGCUUGAUCAGCCAUUUCUUUGUUGAUUGCCGAAAUGCUUUUUUUGGGAUGCUCUAGCUCUUCGAUCAC